UGGCUUGAAAUUGUGUACUCUCGCAUUUGCCGCACUUCUUUUACAUUCAGACAUGGCGGCCAACACGAGUGCUGUGGUGAAUUCUCUGAUAUAUGAUGCUUUAUUGAAACUUGACAAGAGCCUUGCACAAGUAUUUCAAACUAAGACUAACUCUGUCCCACUGGUGAAAGGAUCCCCGACAUUCAAUGACGUUCUAAGUAACUAUCUAAAAACAAACCCCAAAGCAAUAAAACUAAAAGAAGGAAGUGACAGUGAUAGUAGUAGUGAAGAGGAUGAAGCACCCAAAGCAAAACCUGUAAAUGGAAAACCGGCAGCGAAAGUAGUACUCAAUGGUAAGGCUAAAAAAGAGGAGAGUUCUUCAGAAGAUUCAUCAGAUGAAGAACCAGCCAAGCCUGUGGCAAAACCAACACCAGCAAAACAAGUUAAGAAAAAAGCUGAAAGUAGUUCGGAAGAAAGCAGUUCGGAAGAGGAAGCUGUAAAAAAACCAGCACAGGUUAAAACUCCUGUGAAACCAGUUCAGAAGAAGGAAAGUAGCUCUGAAGAUAGUUCAGAUGAAGAAGAGCCUCCUAAGAAAGCUCCACAAAAACCAGCCAUUAACAAACCAGCUGCCAAAUCAACGCCUAAAAAAGAAAGCAGUUCUGAGGAAAGUAGUUCAGAGGAUGAAGCACCUGCACCCAAGAAGGCUGCUCCAGUAAAACCAGUUCAGAAAAAGCAGGAAAGUAGUUCUGAAGAUGACAGUUCAGAGGAGGAGGCAGCCCCAAAAAAGGUUGCCGCAAAACCGGCACCAAGUGCUGCCAAACCAGUACAGAAAAAGAAGGAAAGUAGUUCUGAAGAAGACAGUUCUGAGGAUGAGGCACCCAAGAAGGUUGCUGCUAAACCUGCACAAGCUGUUGCCAAACCUGCUCAGAAAAAGCAGGAAAGUAGUUCUGAAGAAGACAGUUCUGAGGAUGAGGCCCCCAAAAAGAUUCCUGCUAAACCAACACCAGCAAAGGUUGCUGCCAAGAAACCUGCCAGUUCUGAGGAUAGUGAAAGUGAUAGUUCAGAAGAUGAAGCCCCCAAGAAACCAGUUGCAAAACCUGUGGCUGCUAAGAAGAAGGCUGAGAGUAGCUCAGAGGAUUCAUCUGAUGAUGAGCCUAAGUCUAAAGUGGCCAAACCUAAUCAAACACCAGUAAAACCUGCAGCAACCAAGAAAAAAGAAAGUAGUUCAGAAGAUUCAUCUGAUGAAGAUGAACCACCAAAAAAAGUUGCUCCAACAAAGGCUCCUGCUAAGGUAGCAGCAAAGAAAGAAAGCAGUUCAGAAGAUUCUAGUGAUGAAGAUGAUAACACUGUAAAAGUGCCACCCAAGCCACAAGUAAAUGCUAAGAAACCUGUUCAGAAAAAAGAGGAGAGUUCUUCAGAAGACAGUAGUGAAGAGGAGGAAAAGGCACCUAAAAAGCCAGCACCUGCGAAAAAAGCUGCUGCUAAGGAAAAAUCAUCUGAAGAAGAAGAUUCAGAUGAAACAGUAAAGGCUCCUCAAGGAACAAAGAGGAAAGCAGAGGAUAAUGAAGAUGAAGCGUCAGAAUUAAAAAUUAAAAAACCCAAUUAUGACAACUUCGUUAAAGCUGGACAAAAUAACAGCUUCAAUGGAAAGCAGAAACAGAACGGAAAUGAUAGUUGGCAAGAACGUAGAAACUCGUUUGGAGGCCGCGGUGGAGGUGGCGGCGGCGGCGGCGGCUUCAGAGGAGGUCGCGGUGGUCGCGGCGGUCGCGGCGGUUUCGGUUUCAAUAAGGGAGGGGACAGAGACGGUGAAGGUGGUGGGUUCAGAAGAUCCUUCGGGGGUAACGAUCGCGGCGGUAGAGGAGGACGCGGGGGUGGUCGCGGAGGCGGUGGCUUCAGAAAGUCGUUCGAUGGUGGCGAUAGAGGUGAUAGAGGCGGAAGGGGUGGCUUCAGGGGUGGUCGCGGCGGAUUUGGAAGUGGCGGCGGAGGAGGUUUUAACAAGAGAGAUAGUUUUGGCGGACAGAAGCCUGCUGAAAACAAGAAAAUUACUUUUGAUUAGAUAUCUAUCGUUUUUUAUUUAGUUGUAAGUUUACUGUUCUGAGACUGGAGUUAUUUGGAAAACAUUUUUCUACAGUUGUAUCAAGAGCAAGUGAAGAUUUCUGUUUCCUUUUCAUGUAAUGGAUAUAAUCGCCGAAAUUUAAAGAACCAUCUGGAACAAACUUUCAAUUUAGUUUUAACUUUUUUCUUUUGGUAAAUCCUGUCAUGUUCAUCUUUAAUAUUUCAGCGUAAUGCACGUGGAUCUUGGGGCGAAAGAGCCAAUAUAGAUCUUAAACACACUCGUGGGAAGUCGUUCCGACAUGAAAAGACGAAGAAAAAGCGAGGUUCGUAUCGCGGCGGAGCUAUUGACACGUCUGUAAAUUCAAUCAAAUUCGAAUAAUUUCCUAUCCAAAUUGUUGUUUCAUUGUCAUUACCUAACGUAGGUAUUCUAAUUUUGAUAACUUUCGAUUUUAUAAUUUUAA